GCCCGCCGUCAAUCCUCCACGGACGGUCCGCCCAUCCAUCUCUCCGUCCAUCCAUCCUGACACCAUCCUGGCACCAUCCUUACCCCCUCCCCCAUCAUCCCAUGUGAUUUGGCAUACACUACUAAUACUAGUACUGUGCGAUGAGCGGUUUCUUCGCGCAAUCCCUUCACCUUGCGUCGGCCCCACUUUGCGUUUUGUUGCGUGUUUGCUUUCCACUCCUCCCCUCCCUCUCCCCCUGUAUCUCCUACUUGGGAAAUCCCCGUGUUGGGCCGCCGGCUUGCUUGUUUUGGAGGAAGCUUCCGUGUCUUGGCUGGGGGUUGCAUUGGUGUUCCAGAAGGGGCUGUGGAAGCUGGCGAUUGCGAGUUUGGCUCCCGAGCUCCCUUCCGUUCAUGCAUGCGGUGGGGUGGUUGGGGGUCAUGGGCGGGGCGGGGGGUGAGAGGGUCUGUGGGUUGGUUGGGGGGUGUUUGUUUGCUUGUUUCGUUGUUUCGAAGAGAGUGUGGGUGAGGGGGUUAGGGGGGUGGUUUCUUGGUUAUUUUGGGGUUGGUCAUGGAUAUUGCUGUUUCUUUACACAGUGUAGUUUAGUUGAUCACGCUUUUGGUGACUGAUGUUUUUGUUCUGUUUGUUUGAAUCGAGUUCGUCCGUACUUCUGCCAGGAUGUGGUGACCGGAGUGGAUCUCGACCGUUACGCUAGUCCCUCACCAACACUAGCGCAGAUCAACGGUUUCGGACGGGGGGCGGUCGGGCCCUGCCGAACCCUGGCCAUGAGGUUUCUCAAUCCAGGCUGCUUCGAGAACCCUUCGA